CACAUUUAAUGAGAAACUGUACAUUUCAUGAGUGUAUAUUUUUAGGGAAACAAGUUCAAGAACUGCAAGCACAGUUAAUAUUACUGAAACAUGAAAAGACUGAAAAAGAAAGUCAAAUAUCCCAAACUCAGUCUGUUCUAGAAAAGAUGAAGAGCAAGGAGAUUGAGCUUUUCCAAGAAAACAAAGACCUUUCUCUAAAGCUGGGAGAUUUGCAAAAACAACUUACCAAUUUGGAGGCAGACUAUGUUGCCCUGAGGAACAACAGUGAAGAGCAAAAACAAUUGUCAGAAGAAUUGAAUGCAAAAAAUAUGGAACUUGAACAAUUAAAGUGUGUACAAAAAAUUAAGGAUAAGCAAAUAGAAGAACUAAAUGUUCAAUUAGCAGCAUUUAAACAGCGAAACAUCGAUUUGGAAUUGGACAUGAAAUCUUGUAAAGAACGUGAAGCUGAAAUGUUAGCCUUCACAAAACAAUUAACAGAUAAAAACGUCGCAUUACAAUCACAAUUCACGUCUAUAGAGACCAAAGUGCAGCAGUUGGUUUGUGAACAAACGAUUUUAAAAAAUUCAGUCAAAGAUAACGAGACCAAGGCUAACAGUUUCGCCAUUCAACUAAAUGAGGAGCGUAAAAAGCAUAUAGAAGAUGUGAAUUAUUUAAAGGCUGAAUUGGCAGAACAAAUUAAAAGGUGUGAGGCUUUAAAUCAAGAAUCGGCGGAUCUUAAGGGCGAAAAUGUAGUACUGAAAAGGAAAUUGGAACUUUCACUUCGAGAAGUUAAUAAGGAACUACAACAGUGUAGGAAGAAAUUGGAGCAAAAUGAAAUUUCUAGCAACAACACUAGCAGUUCCAGUAGCACUGUUAGUGUUGGAGAAGGGGGGUCCAAUUCAUCUCCAUCUCCCACAACCGAACAAAUAAAGGUAAUUCAACCUGAAAUGGUCAUAGAAAAACAAACGUUAAUAGAUCACAUAGUGAAACUACAGAGAAUCAGUGCUAGAAAAUCAGAAAAAAUAGAUUUUUUAGAAGAACAUAUCAACACUUUAGUCGAGGAAUUACAAAAGAAAUCACGUUUAUUACAAAAUUAUAUGCUCCAUGAUCAUGCUGGAGCAUUAACAUCAAAUUCCAUGGAUAAAAACAAGGCAAACAUAGCAAAAACGCAUGGAAUAAUGGCAUCUGUGUAUGGCUCACGAGUGGCAGACAACAAUCUAACACUAGAACUGUCCCUUGAUAUAAACAGAAAAUUGCAAGCCGUACUUGAAGAUGCCUUACUUAAAAAUAUUACAUUGAAGGAAAAUGUUGAUACACUUGGGGCCGAAAUAGACAGACUUAAUAAACUUAGACCAUAAUUUACAUUUGUUUUCCUAUUGAUAAAAAAUCAACUUGUGAUAAUGUUGAGUAUUUACUUAUAAAAGGGCAUUUCUGUAUGCAGAGCAAAACGUCUGCCGAAUUCAAUUUACAAAGUAUUUUAAAUAUAUAUAGGAAGUCUUAAAUAUUUUUACCAUUAGCUGAAUCUCCUGAGCAGUUGUGUGAAUGAUUGUUGAAAAGUAUUAAUAAUUGUACUGGUGGUUUGUACAUCAAGUUUUAAGAAGUUGUUAUUAAUUUUAAAGGCUGAUUUAUAUUUUCCUUGAAAAACUGUUACAUUCGGAUAUUUUGGUACUUAUUAACCUUUUGAUUUAUAAUUAAUGAAUGAAUUUUGAGGCAUUUUUUACCACAACUUUUGGUUUAUAACUAAUGGAAUAAUUUUUGAGAUACGUGUUACCAUCAUAACGGUGCAUUUAUGUAUUUUAUAUUUAUUUAAAACCUAAUUGUGUUGCAGUUUUGCUAGUCUUUCUAUAUAUUUUUUUAUUGUCUUUACUAAGUACUUAAAAGAUAUAAUAUGAUAAUAAAUAAAAACUGUAUUACGUUUUAAUAUCAGUGUACCUAAAAAUUGAAACAUUGUAUUUAAUGUAUUAAAGAUAUAAAUAAAAUAUUUAUUUGGUUUA